AUGCAUCUCGCGAGGGUGCUCUCCGCCACGUGUCGCAAUGCGGUGAAGCAGCGCGGCGCCGUGGCGGUAGGACCGUCGCUGCCCGCACUGCAGCAGCAGCGGCGGCACCAGAGCGGGCAGCAGAGCGGGCAGCUGAGCGGGCAGCAGAGCGGCCUCGCGGAUUUCUUCGAACAGGGUCGCACGCCCGACGCGCCCGUCACCACCGGGCGGGGAUGGCAGGCGUGGGAGCUGCGGCACAAGUCGUUCGAGGAUCUACACGGGCUGUGGUACGUGCUGCUCAAGGAGAAGAACCUGCUCUACUCUCAGAAGCAGAUGCUGCAGUCACAGGGCCGCCGCAUGGUGCAACCUCACCGCAUCCACCUCGUGAAGGCAUCAAUGUGUAGAAUAAAGCAAUCCACCCGCUCUGCCCCCCUCCGCCCCUCCGCCUCUUCCCCCCACCCCUUCGUCCGCUCACGGGUGGAGCGCGCGAUGGCGGCGCAGCGGGCGCCGCCGAGCUUCCGCCUGCGCGCUUACUACGGGAUCGACUUCCCGGGGAAGGUGGCGCUGCUGGUGGCGCAGUCUCUGCUCUCCUUCGCGCUCUCCGCCACCCUUUUCGGUCGCUACGCUGCUGCCGUCAACCUCGUUCGGCGGUUCUGGCCUCUACUGCCGGCGCAGCUAGCCAGUUUCCUCGUGGGGUUCUCAGCAGCCUUGGCUCUCCUCCUCGCCUUCGCCUAUUCCCUCACGCUCUCAGCCAACCUCCGCACCUCCCUCCUCCUCCGCCCCCGCAUCGCCCGCCACAUGCUCGCGCUCGUGCCCGCCUGGCAACCGGUCCGCACCGCUCUGGACCUAGGGAGCGGCCGCGGCGUGCUGCUAGCAAGCCUGGGGCUGCAACUACAGGAGUGUGGUGGGGAGGGGCGGGCGAUCGGGUUUGAUAGCUGGGAGACCAAGAGCCGUGCUGCUGGUACCACUACUGCGGUUAACAGCAGCAGCAGAUUGGAAAUUGAACGGGAAAGGAGUUUGCUGGCUGCAACUACUGCUGCUUCUGAUGCUGCUGACGGUACUGCUGGUGGUGGCGAUGGUGCUAAUGCUGCUAAUGCUGCCACUGGCAGCAGCAGCAGUGGAAGGCACGUGCGGCACAGAAGGGCAGAUAAAGCCAAAGCAGGCCACCCAAGCAAGAGUGCGGUCAAACCACCCGUUACCCCUGCCACUCCUGCCAGCGGGCUAGCAGCCGUGUCAGCGCCCGCAGUGGGGAGCAUGGCGGGGGCGCUGAGAGCAGCAGCGAGGGAGGGCGUGGGGGCGCUGGUGACGUGCAAGACGGGCGCAUUUGACCGCCUGCCCUUCCCUGACAGCUACUUUGAUGUCGUUGUCUCUGCUCUCCGCCUGCACGCCAUUGCUUCGGUCCUAGAAGACUCAGACCCACAAGCAGCGGAGAAGGAGAGGCAGCGGGUGCUGCAGGAGGUGGCGAGAGUGUUGAAACCGGGGGGGAGGGUGAUAGUGUGGGACGUGUUGCACGUGCCGGCCUAUGCAGAGUAUUUCAGGUUGCUGGGAUGGAAACAUGUGGUUGUUACCCCCGGCCCGAAUGCUUUCAUGCUGCCCUCGCAUGUCCUUUCUGCCCGGAAACCAAAGUGA